CGGAAAUCAGAGCGGGUCAAAAGAAUCGAAAGCACUUCCGUAGUGUACCGUCACGUCUCCCUAUUAUCAACACCGAUUAAAGAUUCAACGAAAAAUAAGGCGCUGGCAGCCAUUAACGGUGGGGUCCCAGCGCAAACGGGGAAGACCGUGGGGUCAUGUCAUCUGACUGCCACUUACAUCCAUCUCCACCAUCAUCAUGUCUCUGGGGGACAGUCCUCACUUGCUGCUCGGCCGGAUUCGCUUUCUGAACCGUUGUAUUGAGUGUUUCCGAAAGAGCGAGCCCCUUCCCGACAGCCUGUGUUAUGUGCCCAGAGAAGUGUGCUAUAAAAUCUGCAAGGAUUCGUCCUCCAGCUCCUGCGCCGCUGCCUCGGGGGCCUCCACGGGAGGCUCCGGUAAGACUGUGGUAUCCGUCUUUGACAGCCCACACCAGAGUCCGAUUAAUAAGAAACUAUGCAAGUACGCCAUUGAGCUAAAGAAAGGGAUGUGUAUCCGGACCUCAGGGGAGGAGUACUGUAACAGCCAAGGUCUCUGGGUCAAGAUAAAUAAGGAGCAGCUGGAAGAACACCGUCCUGGGCAAGAGCUCGAGGAAGGCUGGAUCCUGGUGUGCAAGCACACUGAGGGCGGCGACAGGCUGGUGCCGGUGGAGUCGCCCGAGACGGUGGGCAGACAACAGCAGCUCUUGGGCUACGACCACAAGGCCUGUAACAGGUGGGAGCACGUGGUGGACGUGGAGAAUGCCAUGUUCCUUGGAUCCAAACCCAAGAUAGCGGAGCCGGACACCGCCGCGGUAGAGAAGCUGAGGUAUAUACCUCCAACGUGGACAUAUGAAUGCGAUGAGGACCUGGUGCACUACUUCUAUGACCACAUUGGCAAAGAGGAUGAGAACCUGGGCAGCCUGAAGCAGAGCGUGACCAGUAUUGACGUUUCUUCAUGUUCGGAGGACCCCAGCGGCGGCGUGAACAGCUUGACAGAUGGCGACACCAAAACAUAUUGGGAGAGCGAUGGAAUGCAGGGACAGCACUGGAUACGCCUUCACAUGAAGAGGGGCACUGUUGUCAAUAAGCUGAUUUUGACGGUGGACUCCACAGACGACAAUUACAUGCCAAAGAGGGUGACCGUCUACGGAGGCGAGGGAGACACCCUGAAGAAGCUGAGUGACGUCACCAUUGACGACAAUCUGAUUGGGGAGAUAUGCGUGCUGGAAGACAUGUCAUCUCACCUGCCAGUCAUUGAGGUCCGAAUUGAGGAAUGUCGGGAUGAGGGUAUAGAUGUGCGCAUCCGAGGCUUGAAGAUCAAGUCGUCAUGCGAGCGAGACCUUGGACUGAACGCCGACGUCUUUCAGUCCUCCUACUUGGUGCGCUACCCCCGUCUGCAGGGGACGCCGGCUGAUGUCCUUUACCGUCGAGCGCUGAUCAUCCAGAGGUUCAUUUGUUUACUAGACAACGUUCUCCCGCACUUUGUGCCUGCCUGGGAUUACAGCCUGGGCACCUUCAACCACAUCAAAAGCAUAAAGCAGUUCCUACUGCAGUCCAAACGCCGCUCUGCGCUGGUCACGCAGUGCCUGAAGGACUCAGAGACCAGCAAGCCCAACUUUCUGCCGUGCCUCUACAUCAACAGGCGGCUUGCCAUGGAACACAGGGAUAACCCCUCGCUGGACCCCAGCUGCAAGAACGCCGUGUUCAGUCAGGUGUACGAAGGCCUAAAGCCAUCCGAUAAAAUGGAGAAGAGUUUGGAUUACAGGUGGCCUGCUCGUUACGACCAGUGGUGGGAAUGCAAGUUCAUCGCAGAGGGCGUCAAAUAGCAGGGAGGCGCCAGGUAUGACGGAACCUGAAGAAUCCUCUUUAUUAAUUGUACAGGCAAUACUUGUCCUUUUCCAUUCUUUUUUUUGGGCUCUGUUUCUCUUCAGGGUGCCUUGGAGGCCAGAGACUACUACGUCCCCAACCCAUCCUGCAAAGAAUUCCACAAGUAUGAGUGGAUUGGGCAGCUCAUGGGUGCAGCACUUAGAGGGAAAGAUUUCCUUGUUCUAGCUCUGCCCGGCCUGGUGUGGAAGCAGCUGACCGGCGAGGCAGUCAGCUGGAGCAAAGACUUCCACGCUGUUGACUCUGUGCUGGUCAACCUGUUGGAUGCCAUGGACAAUAUGGACCGCGAGACGUUCGAGUUCCGUUUCGGCGAGGAGCUGGUGUACACGACGCUGCUAAGCGAUGGCCAGAUGGUGGAGCUGGUCCCAGGCGGCGGAAAUGUGGCCGUCCGCUACGAGGACCGCCGCGAGUUCAUCCGCCUGGUGCAAAAGGCUCGACUGGAGGAAAGCAAGCAACAGAUCGCGGCAUUACAAGCCGGGCUGCUCAAGGUGGUCCCACAGGCGGUUCUGGAUCUCCUCACCUGGCAGGAAGUAGAGAAGAAAGUUUGCGGAGACCCAGAGAUCAGUGUGGAAGCACUCAAAAGACUCACUUGCUAUGAGGACCUGGAACAAAAUGAUGUUCGUGUGCAGUAUUUGUGGGAGGCGCUCACCAACUUCACGAAUGAGGACCGUAGCAGAUUUCUGAGGUUUGUGACCGGUCGAAGUCGUCUUCCCGCCCCCAUUUACAUCUUUUCUGACAAGCAAGUAUUUUGCUCUGAGAGCGACGCGCUUCCACAGUCUUCCACAUGCUCCAGCACACUCUAUUUACCCAACUACCCGAGCGCCAAAGUUUGCGAGGAGAAGCUGCGCUACGCCGCCUACAACUGCGUGGCCAUCGACACGGAUGUGAGCCCUUGGGAAGAGUGACCCCUCCAGGAGUUUCGCUGCACUUGCAUCACUUUUGAAAAGGAAGAACUGCCAAGUCAUCACAGCUGUAAAUAAUAGAGAAAGAGAAAAUAAUAAAGAAAUGUACUGUUUAUGGAAACUUGA